CACAUGACACCAGCAGACGCGUGUUGGUGGAGGCGGAGCUGAAUAUUUGAAUGUGGCGGGCAAGACGAGAUCCAUGACAAUCACCGACUGAAGUUAUUUUGACGGGAAAAAAAAACGUUCAGUCAACGACAUUUAUUACGACAACUGAUGUGUGGUUACAUGUGGGUCUUAUUCUAGCCUCUGAAAAAAAUAUAUAGUUUUAAGAAACAUUUAACUAACGUUCGUGGUGACUAAGCUAGAGGCAAACUCAUUUUAGCGAACGUUAGCUAGCUCAUUGCAGGGGUCAAGACCAACGUCUGGCCAGCCCAAAAAAGCAUGACAAAGGAGGAUGAUAAGUCCAUCCCCGUGCGGGUUGCCCUGCGGUGUCGACCUUUGGUUACUAAAGAAAUCAACGAGGGUUGCCAGACCUGUCUCACCUUCGUGCCAGGGGAUCCACAGGUGAUUGUUGGCAUUGAAAAGGCGUUCACGUACGAUUAUGUUUUUGAUCCUACAACUGAACAAGAGGAAGUCUUCAACAGUGCUGUUUCACCGUUGUUGUGUGGUCUUUUCAAAGGCUAUCAUGCUACUGUGCUUGCGUAUGGUCAGACGGGUUCGGGGAAGACCUUUUCUAUGGGAGGAACCUAUACGUCGGCCCAAGAGAAUGAGCCCACCGUCGGCGUCAUCCCCAGGGUGGUCAGAAUGAUCUUCCAGGAAAGGGAGAAGCAUACGGAUUGUGAAUUCUCUCUGGCAGUGUCUUACCUGGAGAUAUACAAUGAAGACAUCCUGGACUUGCUCUGUCCAUCGGUAUCCAAAGAUAAACCAUCAACCAUCAACAUUCGGGAGGACCCCAAGGAAGGCAUAAAGAUCGUGGGCCUGACUGAGAGGGAGGUGUUCUCUGCCAAUGAGAUGGUGGGCUGCUUGGAGCUGGGGAACUCAGCCCGUACUGUAGGCUCCACUGCCAUGAAUGCUGCCUCGUCUCGCUCCCAUGCCAUCUUCACCAUCACCCUGGAGCAGCGCAGAGGGGCAGACAAAUCUGACAAUGUGGUGUCAAAGCUACACCUGGUGGAUCUGGCUGGCUCUGAGAGACAAAAGAAAACCAAAGCUGAGGGCGAUCGUCUGAAGGAAGGCAUCAGCAUCAACCGAGGCCUGCUCUCCCUGGGCAACGUGAUCAGCGCUCUGGGUGACGAGAGCAAGAAAGGCACCUUUGUCCCCUACAGAGACUCCAAACUAACCCGCCUGCUCCAGGAUUCUUUGGGAGGUAACAGCCACACCUUAAUGAUAGCGUGUGUCAGCCCUGCAGACUCCAACAUUGAGGAGACCAUCAACACGUUGCGUUACGCUGACAGAGCUCGCAAGAUAAAAAACAAGCCUGUGGUCAACGUGGACCCUCGAGCUGCUGAAAUGAAACGUCUGAAGCAGCAGGUCCAGGAGCUACAGGUGAUGCUUCUGCAUGCACGUGGUGGUGUGGCACCAGUGCUUUCUGGGACUGAGCCAGCAGAGAACGUGUCGAAGAUCCUGGAGAGGACCCGUGCCCUGCAGGUUGAGAACAACAAACUGAGCCGUGCUCUGAGUGAGGCAGCAGGCCAGACUGCCCUGAUGUUUGAGAGGAUCAUCAUGACCGAGCAAGCAAAUGAAAAACUGCAAAGCAAACUGCAAGAGUUGAAACAGCAUGCAGCGUGUAAAGUGGACCUGCAGAGGGUGAUGGAGACUCUGGAAGACCAGGAGCUGAAGGAGAAUGUGGAAGUGAUCCAGAAUCUGCAGCAAGUCAUCCUGCAGCUCCAGGAUGAGAGUGCUGGCCUUGCUGCCACCAUUGAGGCGUUGGCUGCAGACUGUGGGGCUGAAGGAGAUGACAGCCCACAUGUGUCUGGCAGCUGCAACGAAAUCCCAACUGAUGGUUCACCUUCUGCUGCUGUUGACAAAGACUCUACAGAGGGCUUCACUACCCAACAUGCCUUGCGCCAGGCCCAAAUGUCCAAGGAGCUGAUUGAGCUCAACAACAUUCUGGCUCUAAAGGAGGAGUUUGUCCGGAAGAUGUGCCAGAACGACAGCCACCUGGAGCCUAUGCAGACUGAACACCAGAAUAACAUCAAGAGUCUGCAGACAUCAGUGGGUUCUCUGCAGAAGGAGAAGGAGGACCUCAUCCAGGUUCUCCACUCUGCCAAGAAGGACGUUAAUCAGGCUAAGCUGAGCGAGCAGCGUAGGAAGCGUCUGCAGGAGCUGGAGGGUCAGAUCACAGACAUGAAGAAGAAGCUCCAGGAGCAGUCCAAGCUCCUCAAGCUCAAAGAGUCCUCUGUCCGCAGCGUGGCCAAGCUCAACCAUGAGAUCCAGGCUAUGAAAAGUCAGCGUGUACAGCUGAUGAGGCAGAUGAAGGAGGACUCUGAGAAGUUCAGAGUGUGGAAGAAUAAGAAGGACAAGGAGGUGCUUCAGCUCAAGGAGAAGGACCGUAAACGUCAGUUUCAGAUGGUGAAGCUUGAGAGUGACUUCCAGAAGCAGGCUAAUGUCCUGCGCCGUAAAACUGAGGAGGCUGCAGCAGCCAAUAAGCGUCUGAAGGAUGCCCUGCAGAAGAGGAGUGAGGUGGCCGAGAAACGAAAGGACGUCCAUUACAGAGGGCUGGAGGGAGCAGCCGGGAGAGUGAAGACCUGGCUCCUGAACGAAGUGGAGGUGCUGGUGAGCACAGGGGAGGCGCGGCGCCACCUGCAGGACCUGCUGGAGGACAGGAAGAUCCUGGCAGAGGAGAUCUCCCAGCUCAAACAGCAGAUGGAGGCAGGGGAGCGGCCCUCUGCCAAAGUCAGGCGUCGGACCCUCAUCAUCUCCGAGCUGGAGAGCCAGGGAGAGCUGGAGGCAUCUCUCAGUAAACAGGUGGACAACCUGGAGACGGAGAUAAACCUCAGGAGUGCCCAGAUAGCUGACCUACAACAGAAGGUCCUGGACGCAGACAAUGAGGGGCGCUUGAAGCAACGCUGGGACAACAUCACUACUAUAGUGGAGGCCAAGUGUGCCCUCAAGGUCCUCAUGUCAGAGUUGGUGUCUGCCAAAACGGCCAGUUCUAAGCUGGAGAGUGACCUGAAGCAAGAGAAGGGCAACAUGCUGGACCUGCAGAAGACUAUGUGUGAUGAGAGGAAAGUGAUGUCCACCAUGGAAAUGGAGAACCAGCACCACCUGGUGGAGCUGGAGCAGAUGCACCAGGAGAAGGUCCUGUACCUCCUGGGUCAGCUGCAGAGCAAAGAGAGACCGUCUGUGGAGAAAAAGCAGGUGGAGGAGACUUCCAAACGGGAGAGGGAGCUUCUGCAGCGCCUCAAGUUCCAGGAGGAUGAGUUUGAAAAGAUGCAGAAAUUGAAUGAGCAAAACCAGAGGCUGUUGGAUGACAAUGAACAAUACAAAAAGAAACUAACACUGCUCCAGUUGGCCAGUGGGAAAAAGAUGAACGUCCUGCCAGCAUCCACUCAGUCCCCAGACGACUCCUUUGAGUACAUCCCGCCAAAGCCUAAAGGUCACCGUUUCACUACAACCAAGGCUCCCCUGAAUAUGGCCAUCAACAUUGAGGAGCUGGAGGAGUCUGUCUCCGAGCCAGAGGAGGAGGAUGAGUGGUGCCCUGAGAAGAAUGAGAGAGGCCGUAACAGAAAGAACUCCAACGUCAAGAAACCCAAGUCAACAGGGUGUGCCUGUAAGGGUCGCUGUGGCAACAAGCUGUGCCGGUGCCGUAAGGGAAUGAUGACCUGUGGGGAAAACUGCCAAUGUGACCAUGAGAAGUGUCGUAACAUCGGCAACCAGAGGUCCAGUACACAGGACUCUAGCGAAGUCACAGAUGAUGGGUCCAAAGAUUUGGUUUCUAUUCUUCAAGAUCCCACAGCCAUUAGUUCUGGGGAUACCACGUUCUUUAAACCACCCUGUGCCACUCCCACCAAGCUUGUGAGGAAGACUGUCUCUGUUUCUGCUGAAGAGGAGGAGGAGGAGGAGGAAGAUGAUGAUGAUGAUGAUAAAGAGAGGAACACAACCAGCUUAUUGAAGAAGAAGAAACGAGGCCUUACUAGCUUCCAGAACAGCUUUUUCUCUGGAUGUACGCCCAUCAGGGAAGAGUCUUGAGGUGGGCAAAGGAAGCUAGUAUAGACAAAUCACGCAAGAACUUAGCCCCUGCUAUAGGAUAGUCCUUUCAUCUGUUUUUGUCAAUGUUUUGUUAUUCUUUUUUUUUUUUCAAUGCCUUAAAUGUCCACUCCUACGUUCCUUGUAAUAAAGUGUAGAAAUUGAUUCUAAAUUAGACAUCACUCUUUUAUCUGUUUUGAAUCUGAGGGCAUUGGAAAAUUCACUUACUCUGAACUGACUUAAAUGUCUUAAUUAUGAGGGCUGAAAUGCACUAACAAGCUGAUUUAUUUUGAUGUUGAUCAUACAAGGGAAUUAUUUUGUCACUUGAAAUGUAAAUGUUUAAUAGGUUGUAUGUAAUGGAUUUUCUAUCAAUAGACAUUUUUUAAAUACUCAUUUUUAUUGUUAUCCAUAAUAAAUGAAUAAUUCAUGA